UAAAAAGGUAACUAAUAGUAUUUGGGUGGGAUGUUCACAAUUAACUAACUACAUGAUGACGAUGAUAACAAUCAAAAGGCAAAUCAGUAGGAAUGACUGAUCAGUUAAUUGUUUUCUCAUUAAUUAAGUUUACUCCCUCUUUGUAUUGUAUUAUUAUUACCCAGUCUCACUGUCACUUCAUUGUCAAUGUGAAUCAAAUGAUGAUUUAAUUAACAAACAAUUAACAACCCAAAAAAAAGUCUAAUAUUUACAAUUAACCAAAAAUCUACUAAAUUGUUUCACUGUGUUAAUAAUAUGUUGUUAUUUUUUUCACGUUAAUCGAUAAUCUUGAUUUACGUUUUUCUUGUGUUUUGAUUAAUUGUUGAUAAUUAAUCAUAUUAAUUGUUAUUGUUUCAUUUUCAUUCAUCUUUACUAUGGAUUUUACCUUUAACAAUUAACUUCGUGGUACAGUUUAAGUGGUGUGACUUUGAUUCCCUUUCCAAUCAGCAAUAUGGUUACAAUUAAAUUAACUGUUAAUCGUCAUUUCGAGUCAUCAUCUUGAACGUAAUUAAUUGUCAUCCAUUUGGGCUAAAUUGUUCAGUUUGAAUUACUUUUUUCUUGUUCAUCGAAUGUGAAAUUUACUAUUGAUUGAGUUUUUUUAAUUCCUCUGGUCAACUGAUCUCAUUUGUUUUCUUGACCUUUUGUAUUAAUCCAAUUAACGGGAUUCAAAUCAAAUUUGUGGUAAUUUUGACUAUUUAACAGUCUCAUUGAAUUGUGAUCAUGUUUCGUUUGUUAAUUGUUUCCUUCGGCUUUUUAAUUUCCUCGACCAUAACAUUGGUAUCAACGGGAGAGAUGGAAGGCUGUAUUCCAAUGAUAGAUGAUAGCGCAGCGUGUAAACCAUUUAAAAGGCCAGCUUUUAUCUCGAAACCUUAUGGUUAUCUGGUUUCUCCAGAAUAUGCCGAAAGUGGACUCUACUCAUAUCCGGAAAAUUCUGAUUGCUCUUGGACUUUAUUGGCUCCCGAAAAUUAUGUCAUCUCAAUUAAAAUGAUUCGUCUUGAUCUUGACAAUUACGAAGGUGAUACAAAGAUCCAAUUUUUUGAUGGAGAAACUGGUUCAGCAGAUUUGAUUGAUACUUUCACGGGUUCCAAUCCAAUCGCCGGGUCCAAUUAUCGAAAUUUUCGAACAACUUCUAAUAAGCUUCAUAUUAGAUUCAUCACGGGUAAACGGCCUGCGGGUGUAGUUCCACAAUAUAAAGGUUUCAAAAUGUACUUUGAACAUUUAAAGACACCAGCCCGAUGUGAUUCAGAUGAAUUCAGGUGUAAAAAUGCAGAGAACUGUGUACCUAAAGAUCAAUUAUGUGACGGUAAAGAUCAAUGUAGAGAUGGUAGCGAUGAGGCUAAUUGUCCACAUGAACGUUAUAAUUGUUCAUUUUGUGGAGUUCGACCGGUAGUGAGUACCAAUGUUUUUUCACCUUUUCUUUUAACAAUCGUUUCUGGCGACAGUGCGAUUCCUAAUUCCUGGCCAUGGAUGGUUUCUCUGAGGUAUAUUCGAAAUGAACCAACUGGUCAUUAUUGUGGUGGUUCGUUGGUUUCUGAUCAAUGGGUGUUAACGGCAGCACAUUGUUUCCUUUCCGAUGGUAACCCUUCAGCCUGGACGAUUGCUUUAGGUAAACAUCGAAGCUUAAUUAGAGAUGAGAAGGAGAUUACUCGUUAUCCCGUGGAAGUUAUUUUGCAUCCGAACUUUGAUCGAGCUACAAAAACGGGAGAUUUAGCCUUAGUUAAGUUAAAUGCUCCGGUUUCUCUAGAUGAUUCAUGGGUUUCACCAAUAUGUUUACCAGAUGAACAGCCAAAGAUUAAAGAAGGAGACUUAUUAACAAUAGUGGGCUGGGGCGAUGCUCAAUCAACUGGUAAUCCAUAUGUACUUAAAGAGGCUCAAAUUCCGUUACUUUCAAAUCCAACUUGUUCAGAUUGGUUGAAGAUCAGUAAUUUUCCAGACUCCCUCAUGUGUGCAGGUUAUGAAGAAGGUGGAACCGAUACCUGCAAGGGUGAUAGUGGUGGACCAAUUAUGAUAAAUACCCAAAAUAAAUGGGUUGUUGUUGGUGUUGCUUCGUAUGGUUUACCUUGCUGUGGAUGCCCUAAACAACCCGGUGUUUACACUCGUAUUCGACCUCACCUUGAUUGGAUUAAGAAAACAAUUGACCUGGAGGUUUAAUCACAAUUAACAUUAAUCAUCAUAUUCUUCUUACCUUAUUCUCCCUUAUUUCUCGUUGUUUUUCUCAAUCAUUUCCAUUUCCAUUUCCAUUUGUUUACCAGUUACUCUGUUAUUGUGUGUGUUUAUUUGUCCCCAUGAUAAUGGUAACUUUGUGUCUUCUUCAAUCUUUAAUGUAUCAAUUAAGGGGAAAAAAAGAAGGUUAAAUUAUUAUCUCUAUCUCAACAAUCAAAAAACGAGGAGAAGGAAACAAAAAGACAAUCAAGCAAAAAGGAAUCAACAAGAUACAUUAAUAAAACCAGAUGAGAGGAUCAACACAAACCACACACAUACACACAUACACA